AUGGAGCGCCAACACACCUUCCUGCAGUUGAAGCAGCCGUGUGUCCAAGUCCUACAAGCCACGGCCACUCUCUCGCAGAGCCCAAGCGCUCCGAGGGAGCUGAUCCACGCCCUCACCCGUCUGCUCACUAACCUCCAAUCCAUCACCUCCACACCUGGUCUCCUGGACGCUAAACUCACUGAGUACGCUUUCGUCUCUCUAUCUCAGGUACUGCGGAAUUCCCGACACGUCCCAGUUAGAGCGCUAGAGCUCUGCCUGGAAUGCAUCUCGACCUUGCUAUCUGCUAACUGGGGAGGUGGCCUUGAGCCUGCGCUCUCUGGACAACUCCUCAUCCUCUUCACCUUUCUCGCCAAACCUUCAUCCGCCGAGAAUGGCAUCUCGGCCACCUCAGAGGAGCUACAGUCGCUCGCUCUCGGCUGCACAUCCGAGUUGAUGAGUGCGACGUCUCGUACCAAGCAGGGCAAAGAGGCCAUGACGGCUGCGGCUAACAUACCUGCCUUGGGCGAGGCUGUACUAGUCAUGCUCGAACGUCUCACAGAUAGCAACUCCAACACCGUCAAGCUGCAGUCCACUUGCGCCCUCAAACAAACUGUCGGCGCGAUUGGCGAUGACGAUGCUCUUGCCAGCUUUCUGCCCAGGAUAGUCUCGUCUUUGGCUAAAGUAUUGACUCCCCGUAGCAGUGUUCGACCCGGCUUUCGCGUUGUUGAGCAAGGCUUGGAAGUUCUUGCAUCACUUCUUGCCCGUUUACUUGGCGAUGCCCAGACCAAAGAUUUGCCCGAGACACUACUGUCGGAUGAGUCUGGCGGAUGCACCACAAUAUCUCGAUCAGUCGCUUGGCUACAAGCAACUGCAACACAGAUGAAGAUUGCGCUUGCCAAUAUCUUCAGAUUGAGGGAUCAUGAUAAGCAAGAGGUACGGCAAGCGCUCUUGAAUCUGUGUCUUUGCGUCGUAAGGGAUUGUCGUACAUCACUGUCUCUUUGCACAAGCAUGGCUAUCGAAACCAUGGUCGAUCUGGCAGGCCAUGAGACCCCGGCCGACACCACUGAGGACAAACUCAAAAGACUGUUAUCAGCAGACCAGAAUCUCUCCGAACUUUUGCGCGAAAGUUUGCAUGGUUGGAUCGUCGCCUUGCCUAGAUUGAUGCGAUCAAAACACGACCGUACCCGCCAUAAAAUCGUACAUCAGAUAUCAGUCUCACUUCGCCUGUUCGAUGAAGAUCCAAUGAUUCUAGAUGAGCGUCUGGCCGAUAGUCUUCGGGAUGGCGUGUCUGCAGUGUUUAUCCAUGGCAGGGGGCUCGAAGAAAUAAACGACCGCAACGCCAGUCUCGUCGCUGGUCGUACGCUGGUAUUUAGCUCGACAGAGUCGUCUUCGUUCCCACUAAUCAGCAUGCAAUUCAAAGGCCAGGAAGACAUGAUGAAGGGGUUUAAAGUAUUAGUUCAAGAACUUGCACGAUCCAACUCUGCGUUGGCUGUUGCUCAGGGCCUGACCAAUUCCGUCGAUCUUGGGGCGCCCGAGAUGCGCUUGGCGAGCUUCUGGCUCUCAGUCAAUCUAGUAAGAGACAUGGCAUCAGUCAAUCCAUCUGUCGAUGAUUUCAUGAAUCUGGGAACGCCAAACCCGAGGGAGGAAGUCUUGGAUGACUUGUACUCGCAUUCUCUGUCAUUGCUGAACCAGCGAACUGUGGACACCAACAGCCAUUGGCAUUUAUAUGCAUUAGCGCUCGAGACGGUAGCUUUGCAGGCGAAGCGGUACAAGACUGAGUUUCGCCCGGAGUUGAGUGAAGUACUUUAUCCGGUGCUGCAUUACCUUGGCAGUUCCAACAGCGCACUACGCGAGCACGCCCUGAUUUGUCUCAAUAUCGUAGCAGGGGCCUCGGGAUACAAGGACGCAGGGGAGCUUGUUGUCAGUAAUGUCGAUUACAUUGUCAACGCAAUUGGCCUAAAGUUGGCAUAUGGCGAUGUGUCGCCUCAAGCACCACAAGUCCUACUCAUGAUGAUAAGGCUUUGUGGCCCACCUCUCCUACCUUACCUAGAUGACUUGGUGGAUAGUAUUUUCAACGCCUUGGAGAGAUAUCAUGGCUAUCCUAAGCUUGUGGAGCUGCUUUUCAACGUCUUGAAAGGCAUGACGGAACAAGGUGUCAAAGCACCACAACUUGCCGUGUCAGCCGACAAUAAGAAAGAGGAACAUGUGCAUCUGAAGAGAACGGUCGUCAUGAACGAUGUCAUCGAAGCAAUUCAAAAGUUCGAGGUAGAGACACAAGAGCGGGAAGAGGAAGAGAAGCAAGCGUCAAGGGAGGCACUCCCACGAAAGCCCUGGAAAGUCGGUAAGACUUCAGAAGAUACCGACUCCAAUAGCACGGACGAGGAGAACGGUCGCCCGCCUCCCCCACACACCGAGGAGUCUUCCCCUCCCGCCCCGCGUGCCUUUGCUAUUCUCCUCAAAAUCUCCGAGUUGACACAGCACUAUCUCACCACCAUGUCGCCUAACCUCCGGAACUCGCUUCUGUCCCUCCUUCGUACCACUAUACCUGCUAUUGCAGAACACGAGAACUCACUCCUGCCCCUCAUUAAUACGCUCUGGCCUGUAUUACUACCUCGUCUACAAGAUUCGGAAGCAUACGUGGUAUCAAAUGCGCUCGAUAUUGUAGCAUUGAUGUGUGAACACGGAAAAGAUUUCAUGCGAACUAGGAUCGAUGAUGCAUGGAACAUUACCAGGAAGGUCUACGAACGCACUAGACAGAACGACGACUCCAACAGGAAAGGCAGCUUCCAACCGAUGUCGCUAGAGAUCAAGGCUAUCGGGACUGGCCUGACGAGGCUCGCCGUGGACUCGCAGCCUACGGCCGACUUUUCACCAGUGGAGCUGUACGUUGAUACGCCUACACGGAUGAUCUGGAACAGUCUGACCGCCUUGCUAUGCGCCAUUGCGAAAAACGUAACGAUGCGGGAUGAGCGCUUCGAAGAAAUGCUGGACAUGCUGGACCCUGUGCUAGCGAGAGACGACACCAAGCUCAAGACCAUAGCUACCAGCAACGCCGACUGUGACCAGCAAACCCACAUCACCGCACCAAAUCCAAACACACUGAACCCAAACACACUGCAAUACGGCAUCAUCUCCAGGCGCACAGCACGUACUAUCGUCUACGUCCCAACAACACGACAAGGCGCGAAGAUGCCACCAGCCCCGACCCGCGCCGUCUCGUCCAAAGACCUCCCUCCUUCGGUCGAAGGCGCCUACUACCGCAAAUGCAUCGACCUCCGCCGCCGCAUAACCGACAUUGAAGAGAACAACGACGGCACGCGCCUGCGCAUCACACGCCUGAACCGCGGCAUCCAGAAGAUGCGCCUCGAGCGCGCAUUCCUGCUCGAGCAGCUGAACAAGCACAUGGAGUACAAUGUCGACGACAGCGAUCGCAGCAGCAGCCCACCGCCCACCCCAACCGAUAAGCCCUUGAGGAGCAAAAGGAGCCACAACAGGAAGGGCACGCCUCCUCUUGGUGGCAGCGCCGAGGGCCGACUGGGACUGGGCCCCCUGCCGCAUGCCAUCAACCCUAUGAGCAGUGCGCAGAGUACACCAGACCCGUCGGGACGGCCCCAGAACAGCUACUUCGGUGCCAUUGGCGCUGCCACGACGACCAGUCCACACACCGCUGUCAACGGCGCGCCUCCUACACUUCCUCCCCUGCACGCGCUCCCGCCGCUGCACGCACAGCAGCCGCAACAGCAGCCACCCCCUCAGCGCGCCUACUUCGACCCGGCUUACGAUGAACAGCGCCCGCCCGCGACCGACGCUGCGCCCCCUCCACCGCACAACGGUGAUACCGACAUGACAGAUGCAGCUUUCACAGCCGUCAACCGCUAA